AUGUCCUGGAGUGCACCGUUCAAGUUUGGGCGGCGCCAAUACACUACCCCAUACAGUCUCGUUACCGAUGACCCAGAUCAACCCUCAGCUGUCCGGGAGAAGAUGCAUCUCGAGUCGCUCACGCAAGCCCCUCCUCCAACCUCAAACGCUUGGACCAAAAGGAUAUUAACCUUCUACGUUCUGGUAGUUGUGACCACACUCAUUGGCUUCAACUUCUUUCCGCCUCCCCCACCAGCUGAAUAUUACCCUAGCUCGAACGACACCUUCUACGAUGACAUCCACAGACACCCACCUGACGACCUCUAUGCUCAUGACUUCGGCAAGUCAUCCGCACCGACGCUCACGUCUGACGAUGUUGGCGACGUGGCGAAAAAUUCUUCGCCUGAAACCGUUGCUCCAAUAGCGCCAUCAGAUGGGAGCGGUGCGACCUCUCAUGAGUGGCCCUCGGAUGCUCGGACGGAUUAUCAAGCAUCCGCCACUGACAAAGCAUCCGACCUCCGCUCUCCUCAAGUUUCAAGCUCAAGUCUUGGCUCGGAUUACGGCCCUAAGCCUGUUUUUAUUGAAGAAGCCUUAGUCCGAAACCCCAUCGACAGUGCCUCCCACCAGGUGACUCUUAAGGACGACUUCGAAGAUACCUUCGCACAACACUUCGCUGAGAUUCCCGAGAAGGAUGGCUUUGAGGAAUCGGACGAGUCAACGCUUGUUUUUGACAGAAGGGAGCUCCAGCGGAUAUGGCAAUGGGAAAUCGCCAGCGGACACCACCCUAGUAGCAUCAAAGUACCCCGGCAAAUAGGACUUAGAUCACAUCCCAUGAAUCCGGCUCUGCCACGUCCUACGAAGGACGUUCUCUCUCGUUUCAGCUCGUAUGAAUCGGUGAUGAUGAAUACUCGCGGAAACGGGCCGCAGCGGGUGUAUGAGCAGCCAGACAGCACGUCAGGCGUGAGCCAUCCUCCACGUCCGAUGCCGGGAGGUGUUGUUGACAUGGACAUUAUCAUGGAGCGCUGCGACUACUCGCAGGGCAAGUACGUUCGUGAUUGCCUCGAGAUGCUCCGUUCUGGAGCAGGUUUAGAUAAUGGACGGCAACUUCGUCGUGGGAAGACAAAAGACUGGCAAUACAUCUACAAGGAACAGCAAGAAGAUAUUUCUGCCAGGCGAGCGGAGGUCCCGGCUUUGAAACCACGAGUUGUGAAUACAGGCCUCGUACGGAAGAAGGAUGCUGAGUGGGAGCGACCUCUUCGAUUGCCAGACCCUCCUACAUAUACGCCUUACGCGAACCUGGAGUCACCUUGCAAUCCCGAGAACCCUCGGUUGUUCCAUAUGUUUUGGACUGGCCCGUUCACAGACAAACCCUACUCUUCCCUUCUGUCUUGGCUAUACACUCAGAACCUGGGCCUAUACUUGUCGGAUGACGAGCCACCAUCCGAGAACGUGUGUCGCCCACAAUUUUGGCUGUGGAUCAACCCCGGUCCUGCAGGGGCAAUGCCAAACCCGUCGGCCAUGCAUGACAUGCUCGAGAGUCUACAUUCUAACCCUUGGUCGGCUCCUUUCUUGCACCCCCGCUUCAAAGAUGUGAUUCAGUUCAAGCUGUGGAACACCACCGAGCAGCUUGACUCUAUUCCAGAGCUCAGGCAUGAAUGGCGCCGCUACAAGAGAGCGCUUCUCAACUCGGGCGGGCAUAUAAUUGACAUCAAGGUUGACGAGGAGAAGGUUGGCUCUGAUUCUGCAGAUUCGUAUGACAAGGGUUCUGUCGUUCUCUCCGACAUGGCACGAUUUGUGGUGUGCCAUCGGUUCGGCGGCAUCUAUGUCGACGCAGACACAAUCUUUCUCAGAGACUGGGAAGAGCUAUGGGGAUGGACGGGGGCGUUUGCAUACCGGUGGUCAUACCACGAGGCGUACAAUACGGCAGUUCUGCGGAUGAAUAGGCAGUCUGCGAUCGGGUCUUUCCUCUUCCGCACCGCGCUUCGGAAUGGCAUGGACUUCCAUCCCAUGACAAUUGCUCGAUACUUCAAGGAUGCGCAUCUCGAUGCUCUUCUACUCCGAACUCCCGACGCACUCUUCGACUCGGCAUGGCUGAACACGGAGGAUUUGCAACGUGAUCGUCCCCCGCAGCCUUUCUUUAAAGGAUUUGACCAGUUCUUUGAUACUCCGACGGAUGCCAGCGGUCAUCCGCUAACCCUCGGAUUUGAAGGCUUCUUUAGGGGUGCUUUCUCGUACCAUUUCCAUAAUUUCUGGUGGAAGCCAUUUGACCCUGCACGCAACUGGCCAGAUCUUGGGUCACGAUUCACCGCGGGAGAGAUGGUGGCGCGCGCUGCCGCAAAUCCCGACCUAGACCCCGACGAUUGGGACGACUUGGUGUCGGACGAUAAGAGCGACUUGGACUGGGCUACUGUAAUGAAGCGUACCUUUGAGUCCUACGUCCGAGGAGAGCGCCCGAACAUGUACGGCGAGUGGUUCAGGUGGUAA